AUGAACUUCAAUGCUGCUGCCUGCUACAGGGGGACCCCCUCUGAGCUUCCACUCACUGCCUGGUAUGUGGACAGUGCUUGUUCUUGCCUGGCCGUGUUGUCGCAGAAGGGCUCCACUGUCAGCGCAGGGGCUGGCACACGGAAAGUCCCCCACAAAUGCCAGUUCUCAGCCGAGACAGCCUUCGGCCCCUCUCAGGUGUCCCAUGCAGACUGGGCCCCUGUUCUUCAGCCCCGUCUGAUCAUAGAGCCUUUCCCCACCAGCCCUUACUUCCGCGGCCGGCCCUUAGUCCAGAACUUCUUGCACUCCAUGAACAACUGGCUCAAGAAGCAGCAGAGAAAGAAAAUUCCCUAUGGUUUCUUUAAAAAUGCGCUGGACAGCAGGAAGGAGGGCACUGUGAUCGCGGAGAAGGUGAACUGGGUGGGCUGCCAGGGGAGUGAGCCGCAUUUCCGGGGCUUUCCCUGCUCCCUGUGGAUCCUGUUCCACUUCCUGACCGUGCAGGCAGCUCAGGAAGGCGUAGACCACUCUCAGGAAACAGCCAAGGCCCAGGAGGUCCUCCAGGCCAUCCGGGGCUACGUCCGCUUCUUCUUUGGCUGCCGAGAGUGCGCUGGCCACUUUGAGCAGAUGGCUGCUGGCUCCAUGCACCGGGUCGGGAGUCUGAACAGUGCCGUCCUUUGGUUCUGGUCCAGCCACAACAAGGUCAAUGCUCGCCUUGCAGGUGCCCCCAGUGAGGACCCCCAGUUCCCCAAGGUGCAGUGGCCGCCCCGCGAGCUCUGUUCUGCCUGCCACAAUGAACUCCGGGGCGCGCCCGUGUGGGACCUGGACAACACCCUCAACUUCUUGAAGACCCACUUCUCCCCAAGCAACAUCAUCCUAGACCUUCCUUCAGCUGGGCCGGGCCCCCGGAGGGGUGCACAGAGGAUGACAGUCAUCCCCAAACAGGUGGAGCUGGAGCUGGCAACCAGAAAUUUUACCCUGGCCCCUGAGAAGGCUGAGAUCCCCGUGGGCUCAGGGAUAAAGGCCCCUGGAGCCACCAUGCUAGUGGCUGGACUUGGGGCAAACCACCCCAAGAUGCAGGCUGGCCUCGGCGCGGCCACAGAUGAGCCGGACCCGGGAGCUCCUGAGCAAGUAGUGGAGCUUCACAGGGAUAAGUCGGAGCAGCCAGAGGGGGAGCAGCGCUUGAGCAGGAGAGACACAGGAGCCGUGCUGUUGGCCGAGUUCCUGGCUGGAAGGAACCUCCCCGGAGGCCCUUCAGAGCUGGGGCGAGUGGGCCACGGCUCCCAGCAGCUGGCGGGCAUCCCUGACAGGGAGCCUGAGGCUGGGGCUGGGCAGGGCCAGGGCCAGUGGCUGCAGGUGCUGGGCGGGAACUUCUCCCACCUGGACAUUAGCCUCUGCGUGGGGCUCUACUCCCUGUCCUUCAUGGGCCUGCUGGCCGUGUACACCUACUUCCGGGCCAGGAUAAAGGCUCUGAAGGGCUAUGCCAGCCUCCCUGCCGCCUGAACUGUCCAACCCGGGAGUGGGGCAGGAUAGGAAGCUGCCGUCCACGGGCUCUUCCAGCCCCUUCUGCCCCCCUCACCUUUCUCCUUGUCCAGGGACACCCAGCAAAACCAGUUGCUGCAGUGAAACCUCCCCGGGGCUCCUGGAAAGGGAUGAUCCAUCGACAGGGAGAUGUGCACAGGGCCCGGGUUCAUCUGUCAGCACAGGCAAGGGCAGCCUUGGGCAGCGGGGUCGGGAGGCUCCGUCCCCAGCCUCUUAGCGCCAAAUUCCUCUU